AUGGACUCGAUCGGGCUCCAUGACACGAGCGAGCAAGAAAUACUCCACCACCUUUACAACAAAGCAACCGGCCGGCCGGCAGGUCUUAUCAUCGGCGAAUGCGAUCUUUUCGGGGAAAAGGAGCCUUGGGAGAUAUGGGAUCAGGAGUACUCCUACGACGGCCAGCAGGAAGACCUUCUCGUCUUCACAAAGUCGAAGAAGAAGGCCGCCGGGGGCUCACGUUUGGACCGCAGGAUCGGGACCGGAACUUGGAUAAGCGAUGACACCGGCUUCUUUAUUUAUUGGAAAGACGAGAGUAACCGGAUGACGCUCACCGGGAUGAGACAGAAAUUUCACUACGUGGGUCGAAGCAGCUCGGUGGAAGAUGGGCGCUGGAUCAUGUACGAGUAUAGCCUCGAUAAAUCCAUACCCGUCCAUGCAGACUGUCAAAACUAUGUCGUUUGUCGAAUUAUAAAGACAGAUUUAACAGGCCGAAAGAAGAGGCCGAAAUUACAAAAUGUUAAGCUGUCUGACAAUGAUGUGAUUGGAACUCUGAGAGAGAGUCAUGAAUUGACAGAUGCAGAAUCGUUCACUCGAGAGUUAACUAGAGAUCAAUCAGAAACUAUGCAGGAGCCACAGAUUGAGAUGAUUUAUACCAGGCGUUUUGUUGACGUUUGGAACGUGAAUGGGUGUGAACUACUAAAAGAUCGGUAA